AUGAUGCCAUCUGCGCAGCAAUCACCUCCUCAGCAAGUAUCACCACUCUAUCCCAACACCGCAACGAAUAAUAUCGUAAAUGACGAUGCAAUGUCCGAAUCAUCUGCUAUACAACAACAACAACCAGCCGCGGCAAUACCAUUCAAUGCUGAAGAGAACGUAGACGUGAUCGCUCCAUCUUCUUCGAACGCACCAUGUGCGCAACCGUGUCAACAGAAAUGUCAAUUGGAGUGUGUUGAAAUGAACACACAAAAUCGAUGCCAACCGAAGUGUGAAUCUGAAUGUCAUCAGACGUGUAGCAGUGCCAACACACAACAACAGCAGCAACAGAUCCUGCCAUGCGCUAUCAAUUCGAGUGGUUCGACUUGCAAAUGUAAUUCAGGAUAUUCGCAGUGUGGAACGAAUCAAUGUUGCCGAAUGUGA